CUUACAUCAACAUGGAGUUUUUCGGGUGCGAAGGGUACGGCCGCGGCAACGAAGCUGCGCGGUCCCUCUUUGAAGGCGCCGUGAUCUUGACGCCAGGUGUUUCGUUUGCAAAUGUUGGCCAAUUGACCGUGGACCUGCUCGUCAAUUCACUGCUGGUCCAGGAGGUCGACAUGAAGCUGGUGGGACACUUGUACUCCAAGCAUGUGCCUCCAAUGGCCGGCUCAUCUGCCUUUGCCACGCAGUCGUCUUCAGGCCUUUGCCUCAACCUUGCGGUGUUUCUGCUCUCGCAUCCGUCCUCCGUUGGCCAUCCUACCGCGCCCAAAGUUGUCUUUGUACAGCAACGCACAUCUAUCAACGCGGGCCAAGUCCAAGCGUUCUGCGACGACUUUGCUGUCUGGGCCUCGUCCACUUGCCGCGCCUCCCAAGUCGUCGUUCUCUCGGGCGUGGACAACAUGCUUCGCCACGACUCCAACAUGCAACAGCGCCGCAUCCAGUGGACGUCCACUGAGAAAUCGACCCUACUAAACGAAGCGUUCUUGCAUCAGUUCCAACCCUUGGCCGCCUCGAACGACCCCGAAGUCGACCAAGCUCAUGGCAUCUGGGAUACUGUUCGAGGUGCAGGGGUCGCCCCCAAGCUCAUCGAUGCGUGCAACAGCCGCGCCAUCCCCGCGCUGGCCUUGCUCCUCCAUUGCGCGGAAGGCAACAAUGUGCCGGACGCCGUCUUCUUUGCCAGCUGCGUGGUGCAAUAUCUGUGGCUCCACACGAUCAUCCAGUCGUUUCGGUUGGUCUUGCCGCCGUCAUGGGCGCAACUGUACGGUCGUGACCCGGCCAUCGCGUUGUACGCGUAGAAUACGAUUGGAAGUGCAAUUAUAACCAAGAAAUUCAACGUUUGCACUGGUAGACCAGA